GUUCUGUUAUGUUGAUUGAGCGGACGCUGUGCACCCCUGCGCCUCCAUUUCUGUGUUUGUAUUUUGAUAUCUAAUCGGCGAUGGAGCGUCUCUUCUCGACGUAAUUUCCUGUCGUGUUUAGGUCUUCGACAAUGCAGCACAAGUCCGUGCAGAGACGCAAAUCCGAGGGAACAAGUCUUCGACUACCAAGAGCAGAGCAAGGAGUCGCCGAUUCAGCCGUUGGAGAAUCGAGCCUAGGACUGGCCCCGACCUCGAUUUCGGGAAAGACCUUUUCACGGAACAACAAGGCCGGCGUCGAGACCAGCGUGGAUCAGCUCAAAGUCAACGAAUCAAGGACCCGCCGGAUAUCCGAGCCAGGGAUCAGCACUUCUUCAAAACUUUCUGCCUCGGCACUUGCUGAACGACUCGCACAAACUGUUCGAAGCUUCAGUCGUUCAUCACACUCUCCAGGACAAUUUUCUCCGACUAUGACAUCUAACUCCACCUGUUCAACACCAGUUUCGCACGGUGGGAUGUCGCCUCAGCCCUCGGCCGAUAACAUCAACCGCUUUGAAUUGAUAUGUCGUACUUCGCUGGACAAGGACUGCGAAUCAUGGGACGACUUUCUUUACCAUUACCGACGAGGGCAAUUUCCUGCGGACUAUCCUAUCCCAAGGCCAAAGUUAGAAACAUCACUUCUACCCUCGCCACCAUAUGUUGGUCCUCCAUAUGAAUAUCUGCCGUUCUUGGCGCCUCCAUUACCACCAACCGAGGAGCAGCGCCUACGAGCACUACACAGCUUUCAGAUCUUGCAGACGGGAGCCGAUCCCAACUUUGAGCGCAUCACGCAGUUGGUGGCAGCCGUUAUGAAUGCCACAGGAUGCGUCAUCACCUUGGUGGACCAUCGCUGUGUAUCAGUCAAAGCCCAGCACGUGACUACAUUUCCAGAGGUCCCUAGACAGCAUUCAUUCUGCGGACACACCAUCUUGCGCCCUUCUAAUGAUCCCUUAGUCAUUCUCGAUACCAAAGCGGAUUGGCGGUUCAGAGCCUUGCCUGCUGUCGUCUUGGAGCCAUCAGUUCGGUUUUAUGCCGGUGCUCCACUAACGACUUCAGAUGGGCUUAACGUCGGAGCACUCUGUCUUAUCGACUUUGAGCCGCGGGCAACGUUCUCGAACAGAGAAAAAGAGCUACUGGUCGACUUUGCUGCGGUUGUCAUGCGCGAGAUGGAGCUGUGGAACGAUCAAGUCCAGCUUUGUAUCAGGAACCGUAUGAUGCGAGACGUGACACGCUGGGUUCGAGGAUGUUUAGACAUGGGAAAAGAUCCGCCAAUCAAUAGGGAGGUCGCCUCACAGGAUUACCGACAGGGGCAACCACUCGCCUUCCGCCCCGUACCACAAGCUCUCCUAACGCCAUCAGAUCUUUCUACUUCUUCGUCCGGGAUCUUGGGGUCAUCAGCAGCGGGCCUGGGUAUGCAGGAUGAGCCGGCAUUAAUGUCUCCGCCAGCAGAGCCAGCAUUCCCUACCCCUUCAGGAUCUCCCACCUUCCUUUCCAGUACAUUUGCGUCCGCUUCCAAGGAUGGGGCUUCAUCUGCAUCCUCAACCGCAUCAGCGACACCGGCAGAUACAACCGGGAACUCUCUGCAGGACAAAGCGUUCCCCUCCGCAUGCAUGCUGAUCCAGGCUACACUGAAUGUGGACGCCGUCUAUCUUGUACAGGCCUCCUCCAGCGAGUGUAUCAUUCCACCCUCGGGAUCUUCAGUGGUCUGGAACUAUUUGGACGCUGCAGGACGUCGCAAGAAUCUCGUCGGCGUCGUGAAAGGAGCCCAUGUCGAGACCGAACAGGCCAACACAUCGCUGACAUGCGUUGCUUCAUCCCGCAAGGAUAGGGCAUUUGCAAGACCGGUUUUUGAUGAGGAGAACCAGUAUGCCAAGAGACAGGAGUCGGCAUGGGUGUGUACGGAUGUAGGCUGUAGGCCCCAUCGCCUCGGUGACGCCCUGUUGAAUGCAAUUGAGCCCAUCUGGAGAAGAGACUUGCCUGUCAUCAAGGAGAUGCUCGGAUAUGUGCGAGAGGAAAUACCAGAGCCGCCACGCGUUCCAGGACAAGGAGACCUCUAUACGUAUUCGCAUGAUCAAGACGCGAUCGAGAACGAUAGGUUCGGUUCGUUCGCGAACCAUUCGACGUUCAAGGACCCUACCCGACGGAAGAAUUUAUGUCAUACCUUCCAGGGAACGCUGCCGGCACUUGCGUCAGGGGCAGCUACACCGUACCAGUCAGCCGUGGUUGUGCCGAUCUUGGGCCCUUCGACAACUCACAACAUGUCGAUGGAGGAGCCUUGGGCGUACUUUGUCAUUCUUUCCGCAUCACGCACCAAGCAAUUUUCAUUCCAUGAGAGAAUCUAUCUCAAGAACUUUGGGUCUUGUCUGGUUACCGAGGUCAUGAAGCGACGAGUCGAGGCAGCCGACAAGGCCAAGGGCAUCUUCAUCAAGAGCAUCUCACACGAGCUUCGAACGCCUCUUCACAUUAUUCUCGGCGUUCUGGAACUACUUUAUGCCAAUCCAGAAGAACCAUUGAGCGACUUGCAGAUGGCCAUGGUUUCGUCCGCAGAGGCUUCCGGAAAGAAUCUGAUCGACACAAUAAGCAACAUCAUUGACCUGGCGAAACUGGACCCUGAUAACAACAUGGAAGCUCGAGAUACCCGCCGCGAUAGCACUUCGAUACUUUCUCCCGAUAUGAGAGAAACUAUUUUGGAAACCGUAGAUAUCCGUGAUUUAUGUCAGAAAGUCGCAGAUUCGAUGGCGAAGCUCUGUACAGACAAGAAUGUCAUGGUGGUUCCGUCCUGGUCGAAGCCUUCGCUGUCUUCGCUGUCCUCUUCCACAUCCAACUCGACAGCAGGGUCGGCUACCAAUGUCGCGACAUCACUUAAUCACCCACUACAAGGCAUCGCAUACACCUCAUCGACAGAGUCCCUGGGCAGCUCAUUUACGGCGCGAAGGAUCCGCUCCCCUUGUAAGACGAUUCUCGAGCUAAUGGUGGCCAUGGAUGAGCCGGAAAGAGAUCCUGGUCAGGGUACAUACUGGAAUUUCUCCAUGGAUGUUAAAUCGAUAACCAGAAUUCUGACCCAGCUCGUGGAGAAUGCGAUCAAGUUCACAACAGCCGGGUUUGUAGAGAUCUCGGCCGUUGCCUUAACAGACAGUCCUGUCCCAAUGAAACCUCCACAUCCAGAGGCUCGUCCCAUUGUGUUCACUGUGCGCGAUACAGGGAAGGGAAUCUCUGCAGAGUUUGUGCAGUCUCACCUCUUCAAGCCAUUCUCACAAGAGGAUCCACUUCAGGUUGGAACCGGGCUGGGCAUGGCUCUUGUCAAGGGAGUUGUCGAGAAACUAGGAGGCUGGAUGGAAGUCUGGAGUGAAGGCGAGGGCAAGGGGUGCGUAGUGAGAGUGCUGGUCUGGGCCACUCCUGCGCCCCACCAGACCAAGUCGUUGAGGGAUAUCAUUGGCCCUUGGCAUGGAGCGUCCUGUAGGUUCUAUGCUGGAGAGCACUCCGUUAGUUCUGAUCGACUCUUCAAGGUUAUGGGGGAGCGGAUGAUGGGUCAGCAACUCAAUAUGAAUGUUGAGAGAGGCGAUGAGCAGGACAUCACUGGCGAGGACAUGCUCAGAGAUCUCUACGACCAGUCUCGUUGCGGUCUCUUGAUUAUUAACGACGACGUUACGCGACUUAGGACCUACUUGUCGUUCUGGACUGAAUAUUAUCAAACGAUCAAGGAGGGUGAAAUCGAGACCCCCAAGACCCCAAUGCCACUUUUGGUACUUACAUCGCCACCGAACACAAAGGUUAUUCAAAAGUUAGUGGACGCGUAUCUGGAGAAGCAGAUUGAUUCUGAACGCCCGGCCGGCAUCGUGAUCAUGACCAAACCAAUCGGACCCGUCAAGUUGAUACAGUGCCUUCGCGAAUGCUUCACGCCUGCCUUCUCGAACCUUAGCCAGCAGUCCUCGUCUCAAGAGUUGCCACAUUCUUCGUCAGAUGUGGCAUCGAUGAGCCUUCAUCCAAUACCGUUGACUCGAUCAGCGACCAUACCCCAAAUCGCUAGGACGACCCUAGGCAUUCAUCAUGACAGCCGCCUGUUCUCUGCGAGCACAGCUAUCGAAAAAUCGCUCGCAUUACCUACCAUAGCCCAGGCGGAUGGAAACGAGCGGCGAACGAUGGCUGUACUCCCUCCGCAUUCUCCAGGUGGACUUGUCCUUCCUCCUCGAACCCAGAAGUCGAGACCCAGUUCGGUAAAGACCCCGGAUCAAGAGUCGCGCCCAAGGAACAGCACCACUAACUCUGAGGACCGACUGGGGACCAUGAACGUACAAUCUACAACACCGCCUGCUCAAGGAUCCGUGUCGAAUGGCACUGUAAGCAUGGAGGGGUCCAAAUACAAUAUUGAGGAGAGCGCGCCCAAACAUAGAUUACAGCGAUCGAUGAAGGACUACCAAGCGCAAAAGAAGCUGCAGAGAAACAAGUCUGCACUGGCUGCUGGUACUACUGGGACGACUACAGGUCAUCCUGCCAAAGAUAUCAAGAGCAGCGGUGAGACGCCUAGGAAGCCAUGGCCUCGAGUGCUGAUUGUGGAGGACAAUAUCACGAACCGGAUGAUUCUGCGAACGUUCCUAAAGAAGCGCGGGAUCAGUGUAGUUGAGGCCGAGAACGGCAAGGUAGGGGUGGAGCGGUUCCAGGAAGAGGUGUGGCGACGGGAGGGUAGGGCCGGGUUUGACUUUGUAUUGAUGGAUUUGCAGAUGCCGGUGAUGGACGGUAAUAUAGCGACGAAGCGGAUCCGGGAGUUUGAGCGGUCGAUGACGAAGCAGUUUGAGCUGUCGCACCCGCUAGAGACUGAGUCGUGCGCGGAUGAAGUCGACGCAAACAUGGAGCAGGGGAGAGGCUAUCACCCGACGAUCAUCUUUGCGCUGACUGGGUUGGCAGGGGACGAGGAUAAGCGAUUGGCGUUUGAGUGUGGAGUGGAUGGGUAUAUGACUAAGCCCGUCAGUCUCAAGAUCCUGGGGGCGUUGAUGUCGAGCUGCAUGCCCACCGACAUGGAAGGACUCACGCUGAUCAAUCCAGCGUGUCAAAUUCCACAUGCGUAAAGAAGCAGUUGCUUCUUUGAUCUCUUUUCUAUUUUCUAUUUUCUAUUUUCUUCAAUUUACCUAGCCUUUUCUUUUACUGUCUUCAUUUUGCUAUCUCUCGCUAUUCUAUUUCCGAAACUGUACAAUUUCUCCUCGAUCCUUUUCCUUUUGCUUUAGUAAAAGUCCCCUCUAUUACACCUGCAUUUCUUCCCUCCGUGUACAUUUACUCCACUUUUUCUUUUUUUCUUUUUUCUUUUUUCUUUUCUUUUCUUUUCUUUUUUUUUUUCUUCUUCCCAUCGCCUUUGUUUAAUACACAUAGUGCUUAUGAUGUCGUUUUCUUGCUUAUUGGCGCAUCGAGGAUUUGUUCAAAGACUUUAUGAACACAUUUGCAGACAUGUCGAAAAUAAACAUUCUUAGCGGGUGCAUCGAUGCACAGGUCUGAAGGCAACU